UGCCGGAAUAAGUACAGAAUAUAGCAGUCUGCGCAUGUACAUCUAUAUGCAUACGAGUUUAUAAUUUAAUGACGGCAUAAAGUUAAUAAUGAUUCAACUCCACUUGAAUUGCUCUUGACUCAAUAAAGUUGUGUGACUUAUAUCAUCGCAUCGUCGUUUUUCAUCGUUCAUAUAAUUAAUACAUACAUACAUAUUAUCGCAUCGUAAAAACACACUUCAACUUUGCUUUAUAUAUUGCAACGCAACCUCGCAAUUUGCUGCACUUUAACCACCGCUCUGACAAUUCCUCCAGUCCCAUCAUCAUCCAUGCGAUGCGACUCUCUCGCCAAUUAGUACAGCAAGUCAAUCGUGACGGACAAAAGUAAAAGUGUCGCUCGAGAAUUGUGAAUUGUGAAAAUUUUUCAUGGAAAUCUUAACGAGCGCUAAACCCUGCGAAAGUGGCCGUGUAUUAAUUUUACAUUUUUUCCAAAACUCCCCGAAACACAUCUGAGUUCUUCUGGCUCAAGCUCAAUUCUUCCUCUCGAAGAAUGAGGACUUUGCGUUUAUAUUUAAUUCCAAUUAUUUUAUUUUAAUAUUUAAUAAUUAAGUGUAAAAGUAAAUUAUUUAUUUAACCAGUCAUUAUUAUUACUAAAGUUGAGUUGGAGUGAGUGAAGGAGAAAAUUAAUAAUCAAAUAAUGAAAUGGGAAUAAUUUAAUUAAAAUAUUUAUGCAACACAUACAUAACAUAAUAUGUAAUAUAACCUUGACUGGAUUUACUUUACAUAACAACACCCUCACGAGUGUGUGGAGUGAGUCAGACAAUACUAAAUUUGAAAUAUGAAAAACUCUAAAGUUACUUAUUACUUGACCAUGCACAAUAAUACUGAAUUUAAAAGCAAUAUAAAGUAAUAAUUAGUAAUCGGUGAACUAAAGACUAAAACAGACAACGCCACCGCCGGAAGUGUGACCUCGGGCGGGGAUUGGUUAUUUGAUGCUGCUACCGUCGGGACCAAGCAGAAGAGGAAUAUCAAGAACCAGUUACGACGAUGGAGGUUGGAACGUUGGAGGAGACGCCGAGUUGGUUGUCAAUUAGGACGAAAGCAAAGAGAUUCACGGCUGCCGUUAGUCUUCAAGUGAAUAAUAAUGAAUCGUCGACUGAUGAUAUGUCCCCAUCGCGAGAGGAGGAGGACGAUGAUGAUGAUGAAGUAGUCGAAGUUGUUGACGGGUCUUUGUCAGCUCAACCAAAGAAGAUGAACCGUAAAUAUCGUCAACAAAUGCCAAAUUCCAAUGUGUCACAUGAAGAAGGGGAAGAAGAUGAUCAUCAUCAUUCUCCAAAAAAGGUUCGCGUAGCCGUUAUCGACGGCUCGUCCAGAUGCACCAGUACAAGCAGUAGCCCAAGUCCUGGCCUGCUUAGUUGUGGGUCCUCUGCAGAGGAUGAUGCAUCGUCAUCAGUGUCAACGUCAACGUUGUCUGCCUUUUCGUCAUCUUCUCCAUCGCCUAAGCAAUUUGCCGUCGGAGGAAUGGAAAUAAUGGCAUUAUCUGGACUACCACCAAGAAGUUACCAGGAUUUGGUAUUUGAAGAUAAUAGGAGAUUAUUAUCCAACAAUCCCGGUGGCGAGAGGAUGAGCAAUACCAGUCACACAACUACAGCAUUAGGCUUUCGCCCUCACAGUCUCAAUGGCAAUAAUUUUCAAGACUUUCGGGAUAGACUGCCUGAGAUUUCUAUAUCUCCGUUGCCAUUGUCCAAUCAAAUUUCUGUCAUCAAGUCCACUCGUAGCUUCCUUCGUGGUGGUCACAAUUUGGAGGAUGAGAGCGAAGAACCACAAGACUUAUCCAUUAAUAAACCAAAGAGAUUUGCAACAACUUCUUCAAUUAGCUGUAACAGUAAUAAUAGUAAUACAACAAACAGUACCGCACUCAACUUCUCAACGCCAAAGCUAAACAUGGACGACGCCAGGGAUGAAUGUGUUCAAGAUUUAUCUCUACGUGUUCCCAGUAAUUCUUUCAAUAAUUCAAAUUCCGCAAUAACAAUAACAACAUCGACGCCCACCAAUAAUCGAACGGGACCAAUAAGUAAUAGGAUGAUUAUUGUCAACUCCUCGACAAAAAAUUUCACUCCCAUUUGUCGAGACCAGAAACAACAACAAAAACCUCAGAAGAAAGUAGCAGUGAAAGUAUCGAGCUUAAUUUUUUCUGAUUCCAAUAAUUCACUUUCACCUUCAAAAUUAAAAUUUGAACAAAGUGAGGAUUCCAAUACAAGUAGCGUCAGCUCGUCGUUACCUAAUAAUUCACAGGUUAUCAGUAGUAGUUCCAACAACUUGACGAACAACGAUGAGGAAGGUGAAAUGGUGAUUGUUGAUGUUUCACCAAGCUUCAAAACUGUCAAUAAUCCAUUAAUUGGCAUAAGUAGUGUUAGUACAACCACCGAUGCCGAUUCACACCCAAAAAAAUUCAUCCAACAACAAUACAUUGCACCAAUACCGGUGGAUACAAAACCCCAAAUAAAUGGAAAAAUGCAUGACACGAAAAAUGAAACUUCAAUGAUCAAAGAAAUAGACACAGAGACUGGGAAUGAUGUGGAAAUUAAUAAGAGUCGUAGAGGAAGAAAACGUAAAGAUGAGGAAGCAAUAGGAACCCGAUUUGAGUGCUUUCUCUGCAAUUUUACUAGUGUAAAGGAAAAUGUAUUAAAAAACCACAUGGUUCGAAUGCAUACGGUGAAAGGAAAUCGUGGAAAUGUCAAGUGCACCGUCUGCGGCUACGCGUGCCCAACACUUGAGGAACUUCGAUCCCAUCAAGAACUUAUUCAUGGACAAGGUAGCAAAGAGGACGGAGGUUCAGGGGGAGUAAGUGGAAGUGGAAACGCGUCAGUCGAAUCCAAAGUUGCUUUCCACGCUUGCCUACAUUGUUCGAAGAAAUUUAGAAGUACUCGCCAAUUGGAAGCACACCUCCGACUUAUUAAACAAAAACUCAAGUGGAAAGAUCUCAAAACUCGACGUAUGAUGUCAUGAAUAUUUUUUUGUCGUCUUCAUUCAUGAUAUUUUCGUGAUCGGUCUAGUAAUUAAGUUUAAAUACCUUACUAUAUAUACUUUGGAACGAAAACGUGUAUAAUAUUCUCAUUUUCAAACAAGCUACUACUCUCCUGAGCAUUUUUUUUGACUGACCUUCUCUAAUCAACUAUGUAAUAAGUAGUACCAAGGUCUGACUUUUGAUAAUUUUUUCUUAUCGAAUCAACAUGUCUACGUUUGCGUACAACAUAAAAUAUUGUUCUUGAAAUUAUCUUGAUGCGAUUAUAUAUUAGUCAACAAAUAUAUAUACACACACACCAGUUAAUUAGAAUAAUAUUUGUCCGUGUUGACUGCAAUAAUUUUAAAAGUCAGCAACUUUAAAUAAUUCACAAUAAAUAUACAUGUUAUAUAUGUAUGUGUAUCAAAUAGUGGUUAAUAAUAAUGUUAAUUUGUAUAUAAUGGUUCCUAAUUACUUUAGCUCAACAUUUUAAACGGCAGCAAAAACGAACGAAUCAAGUUUUUUUUAUUGUUUUUAUGUUUGACUUUUUGGAAUUUUUAUUUUAUCUACCGCACAAAUAGCCAAAAGUUAGUUGUCGAUACACAAUUACCUCAAGGUGUUCUAAUGAAUGACUAGAUUCGUGUGCGAGUCAGUGGAUAAGACUUUUACUCAACUUAUGUAACGAUGGUUGAGUUUAGGGAAAUUGUUGUAUUGAAGACCCUCAAGAUAAAAUCCUUGUAAUAAUUAUGCUUAUGCUACUCUUUACAUAGGAUUAUGUAAAAAGUAAAAGUUGUUCGGAUUGUUUUUUGAGAUUUACAUAUAUUCCACAAUUAUCUUUCAUCAUAAUAAUCCUAUACAUAUUUAAAUAAUUUCAACAACCUCUAAUACCACUCAGGAAGGAUAAGCUAUACCUAAAUAUAUUGCUGAAUGCAUUGUUUUGUUAACAUCAUUGUUGUGUGUCAAGCUGUUUGAUAAUAUUGUAAUUAUUAAUAUUUUUACACCCAAGUAAUUAGCGUGGAAUGUGUAAAAAAGUAAUAAUGGUGGUUUUAACUAACUGAUACCGAUUAGACCUCUUGUCAUAUAUAAAGACUUAAAUACUACUCAUAUUUUACUGUCUGUGUUAAAACAAGUUGCCAGUUUUGUUUGGCACGACUUCCUUGUUUUUGUUAAAUAUUUAGUUUGUUACACUUCGGCUUAUAUUCUAACUUUCAAUUCAUUGACGGCUAUUAUUUUUUCAUGAGUUACCAUUCGCGAAUCUCACUACGUAUGUAAUGAUGACAGUAUAUGCAUAUAGAUGCAUUAUUUCAAAAGAAAUGCGUUUUAUCGGUCCUUGUGAUGCACGUGUAAAGGAAAAUAGUUUACUACCUACCCCACCACGCAUGAAUCACAUCUCGUAUUUCUAAUAAUUCCUACACCAACAUUUCGAAAAUUUCUGGAUUCAAGUACAUUUCCAAAGAGAAAGUUUGCGCUUUAAUGUAUUUAAUUUAUCAAUUCGGAGUUAAUUACUAUCAUCAAUACCAGUUUUAACCAAAUUGUGUUACAAUUAUUGUUAUUUUAAAGUCGUUAAAUAAAUUGGAAGUACAAUAAAAA